AUGUCAUUUAUUAAAUCAUUAAUUAGAUCAUUAAUUGCUUAUCCGAAAAAUCAAUUUUAUGAUUCAUCAACUAAUAUUCAAUUAGAUUUAUCUUAUAUUACACCUCAAUUAAUUGUAACUUCAGCACCAGUAUCAACUUAUAUUGAAUCAUGGUAUCGUUAUCCAGUGGAAGAUUUAUUAAAAUUUUUAAAUUCCCAUUACGGUACAAAUUGGCAUAUUUUCAAUUUCCGAGGUGAAACCCCUGGGUAUAAAGAUUCAUUAGUAAUGAAUAAAGUUAGUCAUUAUCCAUUUCCUGAUCAUUAUCCCCCCACUAUGAAUAUUAUAAUUAAUUGUAUUAAAGAAAUUGAUGAAUUUAUACAACAAGAUGAUAAUGUUGUAAUAUUACAUUGUAAAGCAGGUAAAGGUAGAUCAGGUACUUUAUGUUGUGCAUAUUUAAUUUAUAAAUAUAAAUCAUUUACUUUAAUGGAUAUUUUACUGAUUUAUACAACAAAAAGAAUGAAAAUUUUAAUAGGUGGUGAAGGAAUAUCUAUAAUUUCUCAAAAAAGAUAUCUUAAAUAUUGGUAUGAUUAUAUUCAUAAUAAACAAUUACGUGAAUCAUAUAUAAAUUGGAUAAAUAUAACCAAGAUGAUAAAUUUAAAAAUUAUUCGAAUAGGUGGAUUAAAAUUAUCUAAUUAUGAUUAUUUAAAUUUAACAAUUCUGACAUAUACAACAAAGAUAGAACCACCUAAUAAUAAUAAUAAUGAUAAUGGUGGUGGUGGUGGUGGUGGUAGAUCAAAUACAAUUGUUAAAGAAUUAAUGCAAUUAUCAAAAGAUAAUUGUGAUAUUAAUGAUAAUCAUAAAGAUUAUUGGAUAACUUAUAAUCUUUAUGAUUUAAAAAUUCCUCAAUCAGAAGAUAUAAUGAUUGGAAUUCAAUCAUGGAAUUAUCUUUGGUUUAAUGUUUUUUUUGAAUCAAUUGAUAAUAAGAACAAUAAUAAUAAUAAUAACAAUAACAAUAAAGUUAUUUUCAAUUGGGAUGAUGAUAUUGAUGGAUUUAAAGGAUUUAAACAAAAAGGAAUAAAAUUAUUUAAUGAAAUAGAAUUACAAUGGGAAAUUAUCAUCAACACCACCACCACAACUACCACCACCACCACUACCACCACCACUACCACCAGUCCAAAUACAGAUACAGAUAUAAUGCUAAGUUAG